AUGGUCUUCGACGCAGAUGAACCACAUACCCAUUGGCAAGGCGCCAUGACCCAUGAGCUUGAGUUGGCGGGUAUCCCAGUGAACAAGGAGGUGAUUCCCAAGCCUCAACCUUUGUUGGACCAGCUGAUGGAAAGCGUGCGGCAGAUGGGCUACAUUCGCGAGGCUCUCCGAAAUGCUGACCUGGUUGGUGCCAGUGACCCUCAGUGUAUUGUGAGGGUCAUUCUCAUGAGUGGUGAGGCAGACAAGGGCACCUCUGAGAAGGGUGUUGCUAGCGCCAAGUUUCCUGGAACAGGCUUCAAGGAGGGGUCAGAUCAGCCAGUGGAAGAGGAAAAACGAGAUGAAAAGCCAAAGCAGUCUUGCUUGGACAGGCUGACCAAGGCAGCUAUUGAUCUUCGGGAAAGAGUCAAGAAUGCAUACUAUAUGCAGAAAAUCGAGCGCUCCAGCAUUUCGGUGGAGAUUCGAAGCCGGGUGAAAUUUGAGCCGAUGUCAGCCACAUACGUCGCGGAUGAGGAUGAUGCCAAGGCCGUCCUGAAGAAACCGGAAGCUCAUUGGGACAGAUCCAUGUUCUCACCACCUGCCGAGCUCCUGGAAAAGGGUCGGCCUCCUCGUGGAGAGCUCACUGGAAUGCAGCAGAUUGUCUUUGUCCUUGGCCGAGUGGUGGGAUCCUCGGGCCUCCCUGCAGCUGAUGAGAACCAGCUGAGUGAUCCUUUCUGUGUGGUGGAAGCCAUGUCACGAACAGCUGGUAAAAUCUUUGUGCAUCGUACGCGGGUGGUUCCUCGCAAGCUUUGCCCCGAAUGGGAUGAAGCCUUCUACGUGCCGAUUCCUCAAGGCUUUGAAUGCAACAGGAUGAUGUUUAGUAUCUACGAUAGGGAUGAAACAGGUGGGGCUGCUGCAAUUAUUGCUGGCUUGGAUCCGCUUGAGCAGGACGAGUUUCUGGGGAGAGCAAGUGUUGAUAUUUCCUAUCUCUGCAGUGGACAGAAGCUCGUCGAGGACAUUCCAGUCUCCGGCUCUUUUGUUGGAAGCCAGGUGAAAACAACUGCGGGUUUCCGUCGCUCUCCCACAAUUUGCGUGGAGCUGAGCGUACAGCGCCGGAUUAAGCCGUGUUAUGGUCUGGCACCAGAGGACCAUUCUGCUGUGAUUCCACGAAGAACUCACAAAGUCAGUCGGCAGCCCUACUCGGUGGUCUACGCUGAUCCAUCACAGUUUUUAACCGAAGUGCCUUUAGAAGAGAAGAUUGCGAUAAGCGUCAUGGAAGCCCACAAGACAGGCAGACUUCUAAAAGGUGCUGCCAAGGGGGAAUGGAUCCAGCAACCGCGGAUGGAUGUCCCGGAGGUGAUUCCAGACUCCAAGCCGCAGAUCCUUGAGCUGGAGCGAGCGACGCCUCAUGCGGAGCCACCAGGGCUGGACUUCACUCAGAAGUCUCCAGUUCAACGAUGCGAGUCAUUGCCGAUGCUCCAUUCCAAGUUCGAACAAACCCCGGCCUUGUUUGAGAUGACUCAGCCCCACAAAGGAAAGGCCCAGCUCAGCGUUCGCCAGGUCUUCAACUCCUACUCAACGCAGAGCAUUAUGCAGAGCCUCAAAGGCUUGUGGUUCAAACCCAUGCCUGACAUGCUGAUUCAUCGGCGAGUGGAGCCAAGUAGCAGCUCUCCUGAAAGCCCCCAUGGCCAUGGGCCAGACGUGCUGCUGCGGUAG